GCGGGACUUCCGGCUUCCUCCGCCGUUGUUCCGGUUGUUGAGCCUCUGGUAAGAGGUCCGGUAAUUUUGCGUGGAAACAAAGGUACCGGAGCGGGCGCGAGAGGAGACGCUGUCUUCACGGGAAAGAGGCGGGGCUGAGGCCGAGCGACGCCGCCUGGGGGCCCCGGGAUCGGUACCGCCGCCUCUCCCGCCGCGCCCGGCGCCGCGGUUCCCACAGAGUCCGAUGGCGGCGGCCGCGCUCAGCAGCCCGGCCCAGCCAAGUGGAAGGCGUUCCAGCCCCUCCCCGGCCCAGAUCCCCGCUCGUAUGGUCUCGGGAUUGUGCCCUGCAACUCGGAAGUUCCGUCCCCCCAGUUUUGGUUCUGGAGACCCCGCAGGAACCCCAAGUCCGUGCGUGGAGUCACAUGCAGGUGAUUCCGCUUCUGCCAAGGAAAAUAAACAGGGCAGGGUGACCUUUGAAGAUGUGGCUGUGUACUUCUCCUGGGAGGAGUGGGAUCUCCUUGAUGAGCUUCAGAGAUGCCUGUACCAGGAUGUGAUGCUUGAAAACUUGGCACUUACAACCUCCUUGGGUUGCUGGCAUAGAGUAGAAGAUGAAGAGGCCCCUUCUGGGCCGUGUGUAUCUGUACAAGGAGUGUCACAGGUCAGGAUUCCCAAGGCAGGUGUGUAUCCCAAGAAGACCUGUCCCUGUGAGAUGUGUGGCCCAGACUUGAGAGACAUUUUGCCCUUGACUGAACACCAGGUGACACAUUGUGGGCAGAAUCUGUACAAGAUGGGGGCAUGUGAGAGACAGUUGCAUUUAAGGGCAAAACUUCAGCAUCAGGAGCAGCACAUUGAAGAGACAUGCUUCAGAAGCCACAUGAGCAGAGCCUGCAAGUUCCAUAUGUUAGGGAGGCCCUUUUCCUGUGGGGAGGUGAGGGACUUCCAAGACAGCUCGGAAUUCCUCCAGCAUCAGGCCACACACAGCAGGGAGAAGUCAACCAGGAGAACUGAGCGUGGGGUAGGUGUUUAUGGAGAAGAGAGUCACUGCAACUCAGUAGAAUUCAUGAAAGACCUGAGUUGCAAACGCACACUGGUUCAGCGCCAGAGAGUCCUCACCAGAGAAAGAUGCUACAUGUGCAGAGAAUGUGGGAAAUCUUUCAGCAAAAGCUACAGCCUCAAUGACCAUUGGAGAGUUCACACUGGGGAGAAACCUUAUGAAUGUGGGGAAUGUGGGAAAUCCUUUAGGCAAAGCUCUAGCCUCAUUCAACACCGGAGAGUUCACACUGGAGCAAGGCCUCACGAGUGUGAAGAGUGUGGAAAAUUAUUUAGUAACAAGUCCAAUCUCAUUAAACAUCGGAGAAUUCACACUGGAGAAAGGCCAUAUGAGUGCAGUGAAUGUGGGAAAUCUUUUAGUGAAAGCUCUGCGCUCCUCCAGCACCGGAGUGUUCACACUGGAGAAAGGCCUUAUGAGUGCAGUGAAUGUGGGAAAUUCUUUACCUACCACUCCAGUCUCAUAAAACACCAGAGAGUUCACUCUGGAUCAAGGCCCUACAAAUGCAGUGAAUGUGGAAAAUCCUUUACUCAAAACUCCAGCCUCAUUGAACACCGUCGAGUUCACAGUGGAGAAAGGCCCUACAAGUGCAGUGAAUGUGGGAAGUCUUUUAGCCAAAGCUCUGCACUUCUUCAACAUCGGCGAGUUCACACUGGAGAAAGGCCCUAUGAGUGUAGUGUAUGUGGUAAAUUCUUUACUUACAGCUCCAGUCUCUUAAAACACCAGAGAGUACAUACUGGAUCUAGGCCUUAUGAGUGCAGUGAAUGUGGGAAAUCCUUUACUCAAAACUCCAGCCUCAUUAAACACAGGAGAAUUCACACAGGAGAAAGGCCCUAUGAGUGCAGUGAAUGUGGGAAAUCUUUUAGCCACAGCUCUAGCCUCAUAAAACACCGAAGAGUUCACACUGGAUAAAGGCUUUAUGCUUGCAAUGAAUUCAGGAAAUUGUUUAGCCAUAGUUCCAACUUCAGUGACUAGUACUGUUCACACUUUAUGAGUGAAAUUAUGAAGUCUUUAUGACUAUGAAAUUAAACUCCAGAAUUCACAGUGGAGAAACGCCUUACAGGUGCAGUGAAUGGGAGAAAGCCUUCAGCCAAAGGACUUACCACAUUGGAUACCGUGCUCUCAAAUGGGAGAUCUAUUAAAUGUGCAGGUAUAUGCUAUUUCUGUAUGCAAAAACACCGAAGAUCCCUUGGGAAGGUGCCGUUUGCCUAUAUUGAACUUCAUACAUCCAAAUACCAGGUAUGUGGGAAUUGCAUCAUACUUUUUAACCAGUCCAGGUGCCAGAUCGAUGUCACCAGCAAUUGAGUGGCAGAAGUCACGUCAUGUAUACACCUGGCAGGUGCCCACAGUGUGCAUUUCAGCUAUCCCAGUGCUUUUGGGGAGGGAAACGCCAGUGUUCUCCCAUUUACAGGACGAUUCAUGGGCAGCCAGGGCACUUUUCCUGUUUGUUGCUCUCUGAUGGGUUGGGUCGUGCACCUUUCCCUGUUUUGGCUUAGAAGAUUCUGUUGGUGAUUGGAGAAGAUGGACUCCAUUCUUCAGGGAUAUUGUUAGUCUCGUGAUACUCUAGUGAUGGAAUUUUCCAGCCUCAAAAUCACCAACCUGGGAACAGUAUGCCUCCCAUGCUUGUGUGUGUACAGUAAUAAAGGUCUUAGUGUUUAAGACAUCCUUUUAAUCUUGGCAGUUCUAUUCAUUCCAUGGGUGGCUUGAAGUGAACUGGGUUUUCUAGCAUGAAGGUGUGAGCAGCUGUGGCUGGGAUCCCAGAUUUUAUGUCUCAGAGGAGACAGUGGGGUGGCAGAAUAAACCUCUCCAUUUUUGGCCUCGUUUACAAUGCUGCUUAAAGCUUUCAAGGAAAGGCUGCAGGGCUCUGUGGUCCUAAUUCGUAGUUGGAUGCCGUGAUGUGCUGUCAGCUAGAAGUUAACCCAGGCCGGGGCAGUUGGUUAUUCUGACGGCCUUCAGUGCUUCUGAGAGCAACACGAACUUGUUCUCGUUCACGGGGGAUCUGGCAUCGUGUGCAGAACUGGUGAGAGAAAUGUGUUCCCCGGUCCAGCAGCAGAGCCAUGGGCCCUGAUGGCCUGAAUUCUGUAGGGUAACAUGAUUAGAAUGUGUGUCUCUUAAAGGGGCAUCCACAUGGCUGUUAAGGAUGAGCGGGUGCAGAAAUUCUCAGGACCUCUGGCACUGUGUAUCUUCUUAGCUGAGGGCCUUGUUAGAAAAAAGCCUCAAAGGUUUUUGGAUUCCUGUGGCAUCUCUUACCUAAGGCCAUUGCUGGGCAGGCAGGAAAACAAGGAUUGAGAGAAGGGAGCUCUCAGCUCAGCAGCGAGGCCUUUGUGACCCCACCGGUCUUUCUGUUGAAAGAAGUGGAAACAGCCUUUAUUGCUCAUCUGUUUUUGCUGCCACUGAGGAAGGUGCCCAUCAUGAGGAAAGAGAUGGUAGAGCUGGUAUGGUUGCCAAACCUGGUUUUCUAUAAAAUAGGAAAUUGAACCAUAUUUUUAGUUUUAAUAAGAUAUAGGUGACGUACAAUAAACUCCAUAUUUAACCUGUCCAAUUGGAUAAGUCUUGCCAUUCAUAUAAAACCAUACAACUGUUAACAAUCAUAAUGAGCCUUUCUAUCACCCCCAUGUUUACCUUGUAUACUUAAAUAAUUUGGGUUCUCCAGGCAGCCAUUUUUUACUUUUUAUUAUAAUAAGUUAAUGUGCAUUUUCUAGAAUUUUUCAUGAUUGAAAUCACAGUGUUCAGUCUUUCUUUUUCUUGGGUCCCCUCAUUUGACAUUUCUUUUGAGAUUCAUUUACGGUGCUUAUGUGAAUAGUACAUUCUUUUUAUAUUGUUGAGAAGAAUAUUCUGUUGAUAUACCACUAUUUAUUUAUUCAUGUUUAUGGGUGUUUUUAUUGUUUCCAGUUUGGACUGUUAUAAAUAAAACUGCAAAAAUUGGAUUUCUUAAUGUUUAUAUGUUUUCUUUCUCAUAUGUUAAUACCUUGAAGUGCAAUACUACCUAGGUUAGACCAUAGGCAAAUGUUUAACUUUUUAAGAAACAACCAAUUGUCAUCUAAAAUGAUUGUCUCUUUUGUAUUCCUACCAGCAGUAUAUGAGAAUACCAUUUCUCCCAUAGCCUGGCUAACAGUGGAUAUUGUUAGUCUUUUUAAAUUUUGAUCAUUAUAGUAAAUGGAUAGCCGUAUCUCACUGUGGUUUUAAUUACAUUUCCCUUAUGUUACAUGAUAUUGAGCAUAACUGUUGUAAAAGAAAUAUGGGGGAAGGGAGAGCAUGUUACAAACAGUAUAAAAUAAUUGAAAAGUCAAA